GUCAGCACUCAGCAGAGGGCAGAAGCCAACAAGAGAGCAGAGCGAAGCAAAGGCCAAAAGGCCCAGGCGAGACGAGGCGAGAGAACAGAGAGGCACGCCACCUUUUUUCUCUCUCUCUCCCCAAAACCGCCUCCUCUCCUCGGCUCCUUCCUUCCUUCCUCUCCCAACUCCAAGGCUAGGCUCCAACCCAACCCACACGCAGCACGCAAGCUCUCCUCCUACUCGCCGCUCGCUCUCUCCACGCCUCCCUCGUGCCUGCCCGCCCUCCUCCUCCGAUCCUCCACCCAGCCCCCGGGCAGACCCCCGAUCGCACGCCGCCGCCGUCGCCGCGCCAUUGCGGGAGAGGCCCAGGAGCACGGCGCAGCCCCGUCGCCGUUCGUCCGAGAGGUUCCGGUUCAGCACCGGGUGGAACGGCGGGCGCUCGCUCGCUCGCUCGCGCUGACGGGCGCGCGGGCCGGGGAGCAGGCCGCGGUUGCCCUACGCGGGUCAGGGUACUGAGUAAUGAGUAUACACAGAACUACAGAAGCUUUGGUUCUUGGUCAUCUAUAUUCUUCUUGAAGGCAGAAGAAGGCUCUUACUCAUAAGAUGAAACUUUAUUCAAGUCCAAAGAGCAUAAUUACAAUGGGAUCUCGAAGUUUCUGCCUUCUCAUCCUACUUUUGUUACUCAUCCCCAGCUCUGUGUUGUCUGAAUCAAGUGAUAUAAAUACUUUAUUCACUCUGAGGCACUCAAUUGCUGAAGAAAAAGGCUUCCUCCGCAGCUGGUUUGAUUCAGAAACUCCUCCAUGCAGCUGGUCAGGUAUAACUUGUUUGGGACAUAUUGUUGUGGCCAUAGACUUAUCCUCUGUGCCACUCUAUGUCCCUUUCCCCUCGUGCAUCGGGGCAUUCGAGUCACUUCUUCAGCUCAACUUCAGUGGAUGUGGGUUUACCGGUGAGCUUCCAGAUGCCUUCGGGAAUUUGCAGCAUCUUCGGUUACUUGAUUUGAGCAAUAACCAGCUUACCGGGCCUGUCCCUGGAUCUUUAUAUAAUUUGAAGAUGCUGAAAGAAAUGGUGCUUGACAAUAACCUGUUGUAUGGACAAUUGAGCCCUGCAAUUUCACAGCUGCAGCACCUCACAAAGCUGUCUAUAUCCAUGAAUUCCAUCACUGGUGGGCUUCCAGCAGGGCUGGGCAGCCUGCAGAACCUGGAGUUCCUGGACCUUCACAUGAACACACUGAAUGGGUCGGUACCAGCAGCUUUUCAAAAUCUGUCUCAGCUCUUGCAUCUUGAUUUAAGCCAGAAUAACCUCAGUGGAUUAAUAUUUUCUGGAAUAAGCUCGUUGGUGAACCUGUUGACACUUGAUCUGUCGUCAAACAAGUUUGUGGGGCCAAUACCUCUCGAAAUCGGUCAAUUGGAAAAUCUGCAACUGCUAAUUUUGGGACAAAACGAUUUCUCUGGAAGCAUUCCAGAAGAGAUUCGUAACCUGAAGUGGCUAGAAGUACUUCAACUCCCUGAAUGCAAGUUUGCAGGAACAAUUCCUUGGUCAAUCGGUGGUCUCGUAAGCCUGAAGGAACUUGACAUAUCAGAGAACAACUUCAAUGCUGAACUCCCAACAUCUAUUGGUCAGCUUGGCAAUUUGACGCAGCUGAUUGCAAAGAAUGCAGGGCUGAGGGGGAGCAUACCGAAAGAGCUAAGUAACUGCAAGAAGCUUACUCUCAUAAAUCUGUCACUCAAUGCCUUCACUGGCUCUAUCCCUGAAGAACUUGCAGAACUGGAAGCUGUUAUCACAUUUUCGGUGGAAGGAAACAAACUAUCAGGCCAUAUACCAGAGUGGAUACAGAACUGGGCAAAUGUAAGAUCCAUAUCGCUGGCUCAAAACUUGUUCAGUGGACCUUUGCCAUUGCUGCCAUUGCAGCAUCUGGUUAGUUUCUCUGCAGAAACCAACCUUCUCUCAGGUUCUGUUCCUGCUAAGAUAUGUCAAGGCAACUCGCUGCGUUCAAUCAUACUGCAUGAUAACAAUCUAACUGGUACUAUUGAGGAAACUUUUAAAGGGUGCAAAAACCUCACUGAGCUGAACUUGCUGGGUAACCAUCUUCAUGGUGAGAUACCAGGAUACCUGGCUGAGCUACCUUUAGUUAAUCUGGAGUUGUCCCUGAACAAUUUCACGGGAGUGCUGCCUGACAAACUGUGGGAGUCAUCAACCCUUUUGCAGAUCUCUCUCAGCAAUAAUCAGAUUAUGGGCCAGAUCCCCCAUAGCAUCGGUAGGCUAUCCAGCUUGCAGAGGUUGCAGGUAGACAAUAACUAUUUGGAAGGACCCAUCCCACAAUCUGUCGGCACUCUGCGGAAUCUGACUAUUCUGUCUCUACGUGGCAAUAGGUUAUCUGGGAACAUUCCACUAGAGCUCUUCAACUGCAGGAACCUUGUGACGCUGGACCUGAGUUCAAAUAAUCUGACAGGGCACAUCCCGAGGGCCAUAUCUAACUUGAAGUUGCUCAAUAGCUUGAUUUUGUCUUCUAACCAGCUCUCUGGUGCUAUCCCUGCUGAGAUUUGUAUGGGAUUUGAGAAUGAGGCUCACCCUGACUCGGAGUUUGUCCAGCACAAUGGCCUUCUUGAUCUGUCAUACAACCGGUUGACUGGUCAGAUUCCGAGUGAGAUAAACAAGUGUUCUAUGAUGAUGGUGCUAAACCUGCAAGGAAAUUUGCUGAAUGGCACCAUUCCUGCACAGCUUUGUGAGCUGACAAAUCUUACAACGAUUAAUCUAUCUUCUAAUGGAUUAACUGGAUCGAUGCUUCCAUGGUCUGCACCAUUGGUACAACUGCAAGGCCUUAUUCUGUCCAAUAACCACCUGGAUGGUAUCAUUCCUGAUGAGAUAGGCCGAAUUCUUCCCAAAAUUUCUAUGCUAGAUCUGUCCAGAAAUUUGCUUACUGGAACUCUACCACAGUCUUUGCUCUGCAACAAAUACCUAAAUCAUCUAGAUGUCAGUAACAACAACCUCUCUGGACAAAUUCCAUUCUCCUGCCCCAUGGACGGAGAAUCCUCGAGCUCACUGUUGUUCUUCAAUUCAAGCAGUAACCAUUUCUCAGGAACCCUAGACGAGUCUAUCUCGAACUUCACACAACUGUCUUCUCUUGAUAUCCACAACAAUUGCCUCACUGGAAAUUUACCAUCAGCACUCUCUGGUCUCAGCCUUUUGAACUAUCUUGACCUCUCAAGCAAUGAUUUCUAUGGUACCAUCCCUUGUGGUAUCUGCAGUAUAUUUGGCCUCACAUUUGCGAACUUCUCUGGUAAUCACAUCGGCAUGUACAGCCCAGCAGAUUGUGCUGGAGGAGGCGUUUGUUUUAGUAAUGGCACUGGUCAUAAGGCGGUUCAGCCAUCUCAUCAAGUUGUAAGAUUAGCGACCAUUGGUGUCAUUUCACUUGCUUGCAUCAUUGUUCUAGUUCUUCUGGUGGUUUAUCUUAGAUGGAAGCUAUUGAGAAACAGGUCAUUGGUUUUUCUACCUGCCAACAAGGCCAAGGCUACCGUUGAGCCAACCUCAAGUGAUGAGCUCUUGGGGAAAAAGUCCCGGGAACCUCUGAGUAUCAAUCUCGCAACAUUUCAGCAUUCACUGCUGAGGGUCACCACCGAUGAUAUACUGAAAGCCACAAAGAAUUUCAGUAAGGAGCACAUCAUAGGCGAUGGUGGCUUUGGGACUGUUUAUAGGGCAGCACUCCCUGAAGGCCGGAGAGUAGCGAUCAAGAGGCUUCAUGGUGGCCAUCAGUUCCAAGGUGACCGUGAAUUCCUGGCUGAGAUGGAAACCAUUGGGAAGGUGAAGCAUCCAAACCUUGUUCCCCUGCUUGGCUACUGUGUUUGUGGGGAUGAACGGUUCCUGAUCUACGAGUACAUGGAGAAUGGGAGCCUUGAGAUAUGGCUGAGGAACCGAGCAGAUACAUUUGAAGCACUUGGAUGGCCAGACCGUCUCAAGAUCUGCCUCGGUUCUGCCCGUGGGCUUGCUUUCCUCCAUGAAGGAUUUGUGCCCCACAUCAUCCACCGGGACAUGAAGUCAAGUAACAUUUUGUUGGAUGAAAAUUUCGAGCCGAGGGUCUCUGACUUUGGCCUCGCAAGGAUAAUCAGCGCGUGCGAGACUCAUGUCAGCACGGACAUUGCUGGUACGUUUGGAUACAUUCCCCCAGAGUAUGGCCUGACAAUGAAGUCCAGCACAAAAGGCGAUGUGUACAGCUUCGGUGUUGUCAUGCUGGAGCUGCUCACGGGACGGCCACCUACUGGGCAAGAAGAUAUGGAAGGUGGUGGAAACCUUGUCGGCUGGGUGCGGUGGAUGAUCGCACACAGCAAGGGGAACGAGCUGUUUGAUCCUUGCCUGCCAGUCUCAGGCGUGUGGCUGGAGCAGAUGGUGCGUGUGCUCAGCAUUGCCCUGGACUGCACUGCCGAGGAGCCGUGGAAGAGACCGAGCAUGCUGGAGGUUGUGAAGGGCCUCAAGAUAACCCAGACAAUGGAUUGCGGACCUCUGGUGGUGACAGUGUCCAGGGGCACCUAGUGCUCGCCUCGGAGCACUGUUCUUGAAAAUGUUUCGAUGCAAUAAUGGAGGCUAAUUGUAGGUAAUUUGUAGCUGUAGAGUAAGCUAGGUUUCGAAAUGGUAGCUGUAGAGUAAGCACCCUGGAGAUUGUGGCAGUGAGCGAACCAUGUUAAGGCUGUAGCUGGAACACAUGUUAUUGUAGCCUUUCUCUUUUUAGUCUUGAUCCAUGUAUUGUCUUUGACUCUUUGUCAGGUAGUUAUUGUAGCAUUUGCAUUUCUAAAAAAACGCAGUUAUUGUGGCAGCAUGAGUAUUUUGCAAGCUCAGAAGAUGCUUUUGCUGAAA